AUGGAGGUACCGACGACGGCGUACAAGGAUCAGAAGCCGGGCACAUCGGGGUUGCGCAAGAAGGUCACAGUAUUUCAGCAGCCCAACUACACAGCGAAUUUUGUGCAGAGCACCUUCAACGCGCUGCAGCGUCAUGGCGCUGUGCCAGACGUGCUAGUUGUGGGGGGUGAUGGCCGCUACUACACCACCGAGGCGGUGCAAGUGAUCCUGAAGGUUUCCGCCGCAAAUGGGGUGCGGCGUGUGUGGGUAGGCCAGCACGGGCUUCUCUCCACGCCAGCCGUCUCGACGAUGGUGCGCCGUCGCUGUGAUGCAGAUGGGCACAAGGCGACCGGCGCUUUUAUCUUGACGGCUAGCCACAACCCUGGUGGCCCGGACGCCGACUUCGGCAUCAAGUACAACUCCGAGAACGGCGGCCCGGCACCAGAGAAGCUGACGUCCCAGAUCUACGAGGAAACGCUCAACAUUACGCAGAUCAAGAUGGCCACGGCGCUACCGGAGGUGGACAUCAGCGCUGUCGGUGUCUACUCCUUUGACGCCUACAACUUUCAGGUGGAAGUGGUGGACAGCUUGACCGACUACGUGGCGUACAUGCAGGAGGUGUUCGACUUUGAGUCCAUCAAGACUCUCAUGCAGCGCCUCGACUUUAAGGUCCAUGUGGACAGCCUUCACGGCGUCAGCGGCCCAUACGUUGACCGCAUCUUUCACGACCAUCUUGGCGUGCCCAAGGUUUCCCUACACCACACGAACGUCCUCCCUAACUUUGGCGGGUGCCACCCCGAUCCGAAUCUGACGUACGCGGACGAUCUGGUGCAGGUGAUGGGGCUGCUGCCGGACGGCAACGCGAAUCCUGCGAUGAAGCACGUCAGCACGGUGCCAAGCUUCGGUGUCGCGUUCGAUGGUGAUGCGGAUCGAAACAUGAUCCUCGGCUGCCGCUUCUUCGUGAACCCGUCUGAUUCACUUGCCGUCCUGGCUGCCAACGCUGACUGCGUGCCCUUCUUCAUGAAGAACGGCAACUCCGGGCUCAAGGCCGUGGCGCGGUCGAUGCCGACGAGUGGUGCGGUCGACCGCGUCGCCGCGGCAAAGGGCUUGCCCCUCUUCGAGGUCCCUACGGGGUGGAAGUUCUUUGGCAAUCUCAUGGACAGCAAAGAUGUCUACGGAGGAACGGACUUUAACCCUCUGCUCUGCGGCGAGGAGAGUUUCGGCACGGGCAGCAACCACAUUCGAGAGAAGGACGGUAUCUGGGCGUCGCUCUUCUGGCUUUCGGUGAUUGCAAAGCGCAAUACGCCUGGCACCCCACUGGUCGGCGUCCAGCAGAUUGUGGAGGAGCACUGGGCAACGUAUGGCCGCAAUUACUACAGCCGAUACGAUUACGAAAACAUUUCCACCGAAGCUGCGAAGGCUGUGAUGGCGACGGUCGAGAGUACAGCGGCGGCAGACGUGCCGCAUCUCGGCGGUGCCGCCUGCAAGACGAUCGACAACUUCAGCUACACUGACCCCAUCGACGGCUCCGUCUCGACGGGGCAGGGCGUGCGUGUGCUCUUCGAGGAUGGGUCGCGCUUCGUGCUGCGGCUGAGUGGCACCGGUUCCUCUGGAGCCACCAUCCGACUCUACCUCGAGCAGUAUAUGGACUCAGACACGGUGAAGUCGCACUUGGCGGAGAAGACACUGCCAGCUGCAAGCACUGCGCUGAAGGCCCUCAUCGAAGUCGCGCUGCAGGUCUCCAAGAUGGAAUCGCUGACUGGCCGCAAGACCCCGACAGUGAUUACAUGA